AUGGCAAAGUCAAACUCUGAAAAUGAAGUCGGAAUUGUGGUCACAUACUAUAUUAAUGGAUGUGGAGAGGAUCAAAGUGUUCAUGCCGCAACAAUUCCUAGUGCCGAUACCAAAAAGUCGAACGUAGGGAGGCCCAAGCAGCUUGUUCCAGGUGAUUACAGCUAUAGCGGGAGGCAUGAUCAUGGGGAACUUCCACCUCUAAGAGAGCAAACUGAGUUGGGUAGAUUGCUUGUUUGUGUGAAAGAAGCUAAGGAGCGCAAUGACCGAUUCAUUACCGAAAAGAUUCAAGAGUUCAAGAAUCGUGAGAUGAAAGAAGAUGAUUGUGAUCCACCUACUAAGAAACCGAAAGUUAAAAUUUGA